UGAGAAGGCCAAACUAAAAGAGAAAGAAUUGUGGUGUGGGUGGAGUUAGAGUAGAUCAGGGGAGGGUGAGAAAAAUAGUGUGUGAACAUGUGCAGAGAAGUGUGAGGAGUGAAGCCAGAGCUGCACUGGCUCAGUGGGGACUGCUGUUUUUUUUGUUUUUUUACAGAGACAAAGACAGACAGCUGUGACAAAAGGAAGGAAGUGUGAUAACCAGCUUGGGAAAUGACUGCGUGAAUUAUUUGUUGUUCCGAUUAGAGGCCAUUUCUGUGUUCUUGCACAGAAAUGAACGGCGAUGGCAGCAAACAGCGUUAUGUGUCAACCUUCAGGAUGCACAUCAAGCCGCCCCUAGCACCGGAUGCACUGGGGAAUGGGCCGGGGACCGUUGACACCAGAGACAAAUGUACUGACACAGGGUGUGUUAACACAUCCGCCCGUAAAUGUCUGGAUCCCCCCUUCUUCAUAGAGCCACUGCAGGACUGCUGCGUGGACGAAGGAAAUGACAUCAAACUGCGGGGGGUUCUCACCGGAAGUCAGCCCAUCAAAGUGUCGUGGUUGCACAAUGGUGAAGCGGCCCGUUUUGGGAAACCUUCCUUCAAUGGCAAGGAGACGAGUUUCGUGGUGAGUGAAUGCUUGCCAGAAGAUGCUGGCGCCUACACCUGUCUGGCAGAGAACAGCACAGGGAAGACGUCCUGCUGCGCUGCUGUGUUCGUCAGAGACUUUGAAACUAUCUGCGGUGUGCAGAAUCGUGUCUCAAAUGUCCUGACUUCUGCUUCUGAGAGCGUUGUGAGGAAUGGAAGGUCACCCCAGUCUCCCAAAGAAGAGCUGCAGAAGUUCAGAGGAUUUGUUUGCACUUCCCCUACAGACUCUCAUAAGCUCAGCCCAGUCUCAAGUCCAAGAGAAGUCAUCCCAAAGAAGAGAGCCAACUCAGGGACAGGUCCAGCAUUACAUUUCGAAAACCCUCCACAGCAAGUUGAGGUUAAGGCGGGACAAACUGCAAGAGUGACGUGUUAUUUCACCGGCAGUCCUCCUGUAGUGUCGUGUUGGAUCAGAAACAAAGAACAGAUAGUGGAUGGUCCAGAGCUGUGGGCAGAAAGCACUGAUAAGAGCAGCACACUGGUCAUAGCGGAGGCUAAACCGCAGCACACAGGCCGUUACGCCGUUGUAGUGAAGGACCGCAGGAGCUCAGCAGAACACACAGUCACCCUCUCUGUCAUAGAGAAACCUGAGCCUCCUGCCUCCUGUCCCGUGGUCUCCCUGGUAUCUGCCACCAGCCUUGUGCUUUCCUGGUCGGGCCCCUGCUACGACGGCGGCAGCGCCAUCCUUGGUUACGUGGUUGAGGUAAAGAACCAAAGAGGUGUUGGGUCUGGGGAUUGGAGCGAGCUCACUACCCAGUGUAAGAGCACAUCAUACAGAGUGUGCUCCGGGCUGCAGCCUCAUCAGGAGUACUGCUUCAGAGUGAGGGCCUACAACACAGUAGGAGCAAGUGAGCCAGGACCGGUGUCAGCAGUGGUUAGGAUGGAGGAGAAAGGUGUAGACAAACCCAAAGAAGAAGAGGCCCCACAAGAGUAUUCCUGUGUCACUAUUAACACUUCAGAAAAAGUGACAGAUCACUACAGUUUGCAGGAGAGACUGGGAAUGGGAAAGUUCGGCCUGGUGUUCAAGCUCACCCACAAAGUGACAGGGCGCAAUUAUGCUGGGAAGUUCUACAAAGGGCGACGUGCCAAGGAGAGGGAGGCUGCUAGCAAAGAGAUAGAGCUGAUGAACUACCUCCACCACCCCAAACUGGUUCAGUGUGUUGGGGCGUAUGAUCACAAGCCUGAAAUGGUCAUGGUCAUGGAGUUUAUCGCAGGCGGGGAACUGUUUGAGCGUAUCGUUGACGACAGCUUUGAGCACACAGAGGCUGCCAGUGUGCGCUACAUGCAUCAGAUCCUGGAGGGGAUCGCCUACAUGCAUCAGCAGAACAUUGUCCAUCUGGACCUCAAACCUGAAAACAUUGUGUGCGUUGACACCACUGGCACCUCCAUAAAGAUCAUCGACUUCGGAUUAGCCUGCAGGCUUGAUGGCAACACGCCUCUCAAGGUGAUGCAAGGGACUCCAGAGUUUGUGGCCCCUGAAGUGAUCAACUAUGAGCCUGUGUUUUUGACCACUGACAUGUGGAGCAUAGGUGUCAUCUGCUACAUAUUACUGAGCGGUGAGUCUCCAUUCCAGGGCAACAACGACAUAGAGACCCUCGCCCUGGUCACGGCUGCCCAGUGGGAGUUUGACGAGGAGAGCUUUGACGAGAUUACAGACGAGGCCAAACAUUUCAUCAGCUCCCUGCUUGACAAAGACACCAGGCGGAGGAUUCCCUGUGAGGAGGCGCUGGCCCACCCUUGGAUGGCAUUAGAGUCCGGAGAUCAUGCCACCACCAAGAGUCUGUCCAAGGAUAAGAUGAAGAGGUUUCUAGCCAGGCAGAAGUGGAAGAAAGCAGGUAAGGCCUUGUUAGCCCUGAAGAGAAUGGCUCUGCUGACUAGAAACGACAGUUCUGCCUCUGGAUCUCCUACCAGCCCCGGAGAAGACUCACCCCUGAGCCCGGAGGCAAAGCACGCCCUGCAGUCUCUGGAGCUCAAGAUGCAGGGGCCACCCCAGUUCACCCAGAGCCUUGAGGACCAGGCAGUGAAUCAGGGAUCCAGUGCCCGUCUCUCGUGUCACCUCACAGGAUACCCUGACCCAGAGGUUGUUUGGCUGUGCGGUGAGGAACCCGUGGUGGAGUCACCCACAGUGCAGAUAGAGUACGAGGACGAUGGCCGCUGUACUCUGGUCUUAGCCAAAGUUGGCCCAGAGGACGCCAACGUUUACACGUGCAGAGCCACCAAUGACCACGGGGAGGCGUUCUGCUCAGCCAAACUCAGGGUUCAAACGUAGAUCCAUCAGAUCUUCGUAUGCAGAGAUAAAAUGUAUAAACAUGUUGCUCUCGGAUGCCUUAAACCGUUGUAUUGUACAUUUUUGUUUUAAUACAAAUGGGAACUAAACUGAACAUCCUGUACUGUGGCUGGAAAAAUAUAAUACAUGUAUUAUUGUACAAAAUGUAUGAACAGAUGAAUAUUGUUACAGAGUUACUCCAAGCCUAUAUAACGUUUUAUUUUCCUUCAUGGAACUGAUGGUUGCCUUAAACAAGGUGUUGUUUCAGCUAAGUCUACACAUUUUUCUCUUACUUUGGGGCAAUGAUUAUGAGCCGAAGGUCUGCAUUGCUGGUUGUAGCUACAAAUGAUGUUGUCUACAAAUGGACAGAGCACAAUGUCUUAUCUUGGUGAGAUUCUGAACUAUUGAUGGGUAAAUCUGAAAUUAAAGAAAUUAAACUAGCAGUACAAUUUCAAGCCUUUUUUUCCAUUUCAUUUAAUUGUAAAAGCAUCUAAAAGCGUCUAAAAAACAACUUGCUUCAUUAUGUUCUCGAGAAAAUUAAAAGUUUUUGUUUGCUAUUCAUUUACAAGGAUUGUUUAGGAUGCAUAACGAUUUUCAAGGUAAUUAACCUUUUUAAAGUGAUCUGAAAUUGGCAACAUUUUCUGUUGUUUUUUAUUCAUAAUGUAUGAAUAUGUAAUUUCCCACGCAGACAAAUAUGUUUAUUGCAGUCCUCAACCGCCCUGUUAUCAAUAUGAAACAAAUAUGCUGUCAUAUACUAUACAGGUGUGAAAUAGAGAUCACAGUAAAGGCCGGGUUCGAAGAUGGCUGUAGGAAGUAGGCUAGGGAGUUGUUAAGGGGCCCCCAAUUUACUCCCCAGGUCCAAUUAGGCGUACCGGCUGGUGUGUUCCUAUCACAAGAUGGUCUACGGUAUUUUUUUCUAUCACGUUUUU